AUGGGGCUUUCCUUGACUGAGCAGCCCAAUUUCUGGCAAGCUGUGGCCCGGUGCCGAAACACUACUAAUAAAAGCAAUUCUGUUCUAUUUCACAGCCAAACAGUGAACUUUCUUUGUUUCUUUGCAGCAAUAACUCCUCUUGAUCGGAUCAUUGGAGGUUUUGAAUGUAACCCAAAUGAACAUCGUUCCCUUGUAUACUUGUAUAACUCUGCAGGGUUUUUCUGCUCAGGGACCUUGCUCAACCACGAAUGGGUGCUCACUGCUGCACACUGCAACAGGGAAGAUAUCCAGAUAAGGCUUGGUGUGCAUAACGUACAUGUACACUAUGAGGAUGAGCAGAUAAGGGUCCCGAAGGAGAAGUUGUGUUGUCUCAGUACCAAUAACUGUACCCAAUUUAGCCAAGAUAUCAUGUUGAUCAGGCUGAACAGUUCUGUUAACUAUAGUGAACACAUCGCACCUCUUAGUUUGCCUUCCAACCCUCCCAGUAUGGGCUCAGUUUGCCGUGUUAUGGGCUGGGGCACAAUCACAUCUCCUGAAGUGACUUAUCCCGAAGUCCCUCAUUGUGUUGACAUUAACAUACUCCAUAUUCCGGUGUGUCAAGCAGCUUACCCAUCAAUGUCAGGGAAGAACAUAUUGUGUGCAGGUAUCCUGGAAGGAGGCAAAGAUUCAUGUAAGGGCGAUUCUGGGGGACCCCUCAUCUGUAAUGGACAAAUCCAGGGCAUUGUAUCUUGGGGGCGCUUUCCUUGUGCCCAACUUCUUGAACCUGGCGUCUACAGCAAAGUCUUCGAUUAUAAGGACUGGAUUGAGGGUAUUAUUGCAGGAAAUUCAAACGCGAUCUGCCCCUAGUGACAAUUUUUGAAAAAGAUAAAAAGGAGAAAAUGCAAUGUAUAGUACAUCUCUUCUAUAUUCUCCAAUCUAUCCAACUACUUUGGAAUAAAUUCCCAGGCAGUAAGCAUUUUUUAGACUCAAUGAGACUGCCUUUGGGAUAAGAAAUAGUCAAAAUAGUGCUGCGGGGAUCAUGUCCCACUUCAAUCUCAAUAUACAAUAAACUCAGUAAGAUGGAGGUCUGUUUUAGGGUGAGGUGCAAAAUGUUGACUCUAAAAUGGGCCAUUCCAAAUAUUUUAACCUCUGAACAUCCUUCAAUUUCUAUCCACUUCUGGGACAGUGGGGUCCUUGCUGCUAAUUUUGUUGCAGACAUUUUAUUACCCAGCUAGGUAACAUAAUCAGUGCUAGAUUAUUCUCUUCUAUUGGUACUUAUGUGACAUUUAUAAUAUGCUCAUAUGGAGUCAUGAACAUAUCCAUAUAUACCUGAGUCCCAUUGUUGCCUAAAAAGCAUCUCAGAUUAACCCCCCACUUCUCAACCACAAAUCUUUUCCACAGUAAUAAAAUCUUAUAAAUCAUCUUUCACUUGUUUUCUGAUCCUUCAGUUUUGACACUCUUAGCAAAGAAACAGCCUGGCAACUGGCAGCAUCUGGACAACUAGGCUUAAAAGCUGAAAAUGCUGACCUGCGUAGGAUGUGGAUAGGAUAUUAUCAGAGUGAGCAACUGGAAUAAAAAUAAUUCUGAAAAAUGGUGAUGAAGCUCACAAAUCGCUUGGGUUCAUGUCGGUCAGGAAGCCAUCACCAAACCAACCUGCUUAAUGGCCUGAUGCAAUGUGUAUCGUAAAGCCAAUUGAGACUUGCUCCUACCAUUUAGGGAUGGAUGCAAUGGCAGAGAUCCGACUUUACAUAACCUCACUGAGCUAGGUUUGGUUUUGCUGUGAUGGAGAACUGGGCUUCCAUCUUAGGUGGUCCUCCCUAGCAGUCCUUUAAUAGGACUCCUUCUCGGGUAAGUCUAACUCUGAGCUUCCUUUCGUCUACAAACCAAAGAAAAAGGAACUUCUUGCAAGGCCCUUAUAAGCUACUGGUUUCUUGGUCUACCCAUGUUUUGAUUUCCUUUAACAUUCCUAAAAAUACAACCUGUGGUUGAAUCCUAGGGCCAUAAGCAUCUUUGGCUGGGUUUGCACAACACAAUGAUCCAAGAGAUUAACUUUGCUUUUUCUGGCUCAACAGGUUUGCUUGGUUUUUGUAUGGCCUACUGGAAUGCAGCUUUCUUGGAGCUAGGCCAGACACUCAGUUUGGCAUAAUUUUAUUUGCAUGAAAUGUUAAUUA